GCAACUGCUGGGUGCUAAAUGGUUUUGGUCAUGGGAGUUUGCAGUUGUUCCAGCACGAAGAAAUACACCUUACUGAGUUUUGUCAGAACACAUAUCUGAAGUCAGGGGCGUGUCCAUCAGUAGAACUGGUAAAGAAGAUUAGGUUUCGUUCGUUUGCUAUUCCCAGAGGUGAAUGUUGAGCACAGCGCAACUUGCUUCAUCUCAGUGCGUCGCCGUUCAAAAAGACAGUUUCUUGCAAGUAGACCACGACUGAGGAUGGAUCUACUCAAUCAAACCAUUGAUCCAAGCUGCAGACAACCACCACCCCUGGCUAUAGACAUCAUUUUACAGCUUGAUGUUUUUGGGAUCAUCCUGUAUACUGCCCUGACAUUCAUGGCUGUAGUUUCAAUGUUGGUUUACAUCGAAGAAUGUAUCUACAUCUACUGGAAAGUACCCUCCAGUAAGAAGAGCGCCAUCAUCUGGGUGAAUGGAGCAGCACCAGUAAUUGGUACAAUGUCCUGUUUAGGCAUGUGGAUUCCAAAAGCCACAAUGUGCACAGAUAUGACUUCAGCCACGUACUUUGCAAUUGUGGUGUUUAAAUUCCUGAUCCUGAUGAUUGAGGAAUGUGGUGGUGACGAAGCGUUCCUGAGGCGCUCAGCGAAGAAGACGUUUAAGAUCAGCACAGGGCCCUGCUGCUGCUGCUGCCCCUGCCUGCCCAUGGUGCCCAUCACACGGCGGUCACUCUUCAUGUUGAAAUUGGGUGCCUUCCAAUUUGCUAUCCUGAAGAUCGUCUUUACCAUCUUGUCCAUCAUCCUGUGGACCAAUGGGAACUUUGAUGUUGCUGAUAUGCAGAUCACUGGGGCUUCUAUCUGGAUAAACCCUUUCGUCGGGGUCCUGACCAUCAUCGCUCUCUGGCCCGUGUCCAUUAUGUUCAUGCAUGUGCGGAACACUUUACGCAGUCUAAAGAUCAUACCCAAGUAUGCCAUGUACCAACUGGUCCUCAUAUUCAGUCAGCUGCAGUCUGCCAUCAUUAAUAUUUUGGCCAUGAAUGGAACCAUUGCCUGCGCCCCACCCUACUCCUCCCAGGCUCGGGGUUACUUGAUGAGUCAGCAGCUUUUGAUCCUGGAGAUGUUCAUCAUCACGCUUGUGACUCGGCUGCUGUACCGGCGGCAGUAUGAGCCCAUACCCGACGAUGACGUCAAUAAGGAGCAAAAGAUGGUCAUCUCCUCUGACGGCCCAGUAAACUGUGUGAAGGAGCAAAUGCUGGGUGAAUUAUUUUCGGAGCCAAAAGUCACAGUGUAAAAGAAGAAACAUAUUCAUUCCUUUUUAUGCUUGUACACUGGUGUGUGUGUG